CAUGGCACACUUCCAGAACCAAUACGGUGCAGUUCCAGUAAGCCAUGAUCCAAUUCAGAAGGAAAUGAAUGCCGCCGGCAAUACCACCGGCAUCGGCGGCACCACACAUGUUGCAGCGGCUGAUGACACCACUGGACCAGCGAUGAUUGAUACGGCCGCCACAACUGCCACCGCAACCGAUGAAAACGUAACUACAAACAGCGAUGGUACUCUUGGAAGUGAGAAGGAAUAUCAGCAGAAGAAAGGAAUAAUGGAGAAGAUCAAGGAGAAGCUUCCAGGAAAACACCACCACAACAAGUAGUCAUAGCAAAAUUCAGUAUAAUUUAUGUAUGAAGUUGAUGUAUUAUGUUUAAUUUGGAUUGUAUGUUUUGCUAUUUUGUCGAAGAAUGAUUACUUUUUUUUUUUUGGUAAUCAAUGGA